AUGACCUCUGCAGCAUUCCCGUGUGAGCUCUCGGGCGUGCCGGCAGCUGUUGUCAUACGAGACUGGGAUCUGGUGCUGCAGGCCAUCGGGUGGCUUCAGCACCGGAACUGUGAGAUGCCAGUCUGCACUUUGGCCCUGGCAAUCGACGUGUGCCUUCAAGAUGGCCGACCUCUUCAAGGAAGCUCGGAGGAUCCUCGGGCGGAUGCUCGCAGCGCCUCCGGAAAGGGCGAGAGGAUACGCCGGGCGCGCGGGCAGUUGGAUGACGAGGACGAAGAUCCGGAUGACAGCGCCCUCAAUCGGUCCAGUGGUGCCAACCACUCCCCAGCACUUUCGGCCAAAGCAGGUCCAGACUUGCCAGCGGACAGAAACACGCUCUGCACAGAUGGCCUGCCAAACUGGCUCAGCUCCCGCGAAGGUCAUCUCAUGGCACUGAUUGCGGGGCACGUGGCUGUCCUAAACCGCCUGGCGCCUCUGGACCCAAGCCACUGGAAGGAGACCUCGGACCCUAUGUACGCCGAGAAGCUCUCUGACGCAGGGGGAGUGGAGCUGGCGUGGGUGAAGGAAGUGAUGCAAGAUGGCCUGGAGCUGCUUGAGUCGCUUUGCAGGGAGGUGCAGGAGGAGGGCCCGGACGGAGCGAGAUCUUGCUUCCUGGGACCAUGGGAGACGGUAGGCCAGCGCCUGCGCUCGGCGCAGUUGCAUCUCCUGGCUCCCGGGGCGCGCCUGGUGCGCAAGUUCGGCUGCGCGCAUGCGGAGUUGGCCGAGAUCAGGGAGAUGAUCUGCUCGAGGGGCCUCGAUGCCACAGAGCUCGCCGAGAGAGGCCUAAGGGAGCCAGGGCUUCGACUUUCAUCAGAGGGCUACAGCAAGGCUUUGCUCGAGCGGCCGGCAUCCUCCCAGGAGGAUGUGGCAGAUGCAAUGCAGGCGCUGAUAACUUUGACAGUCAAGUUGCAUGGCCACCGGCGGCCAUGUAGAGAGGAUGUAGAUGAGAUUCUACGGACAAUGGGGAGGCGCAAAACAAGGCGUCCAGGUUUGGUUCUUGAGACAUUUCGGCUGGCAAGUGAGCUGGCGGCAUCUUCAGUUGCCAUACUGCGACCCACAGCUGCCACCAGCGAGGAGGAUCGGAUCUUUCUUGCCGAGGCCGGCAGAAACGAGAGCGCGCCAGCCUCGGUGUCGGCCACGGCCGCCGCGCACCCGCUGUUCUUCUGCCACCUCUACCCGGACACGGAGUCAUGUGCAGCAGCCAUUGAGGCCUUGUUUGCCUGUGGGGAUGCCUGCUCCGCGGAGGACCUUCUUCGAAGGUGCCAGGCCGCAUUUCCACCCAACCCAGCCCUCUACAGUGCGGUCAUCUUUGGCCGCUUGUACUCUGGCGAUGGUCAAGGGGCUGUUGAUGCCAUUCUGGAGAUGGAUAGGGCAGGAUUCGCACCGCACCAGCGCUUCAUUGUGCGAUGCCUGCGUUACAUGGGCCCCUUUCACAGGGAAGGGCUUUUGUUGAUCGACCGCCUGGGAUUCCCGAUGAUGCAGCAGAAGAUGCUGCACGUCCUAAUGGAAACUUGCAUAUCAGCACCUCAGCCAAGUGCUUGCGCACUUGACGUGUAUCAGAGCUUGUUGGCGAAAGGCUACCCUCCAACUCCAGAAACGCACUUUGCAUUGCUCAAAGCCCUUUGCGGCAUCAGUGCCGCCCACACUGCCAUUGAUGAACUCCACAGAAUGCAGGCCAAGAGAAUAUUGCCCGAGUUUAUCGGCUUUGAGAUUCUUCUGUUGGACUGCUACGGGCUUGCUGCGAGUGCCCGACGCGCGAGUCAGGUCAUUGAGGCGAGGCGCCACUGGGUGCUGGAGGUGUCUGCCGCCCUUUUGUCAGAGCCUAGCGACCAUCUGCAGCUGGUAUGCCAAGAGAUGCACAAUCGACAAGAUGAUGGCUUCUUUGAAAGGAGGCCUCAGCUGAUUCAGGAGGAGAAAGGGCAAGAAGUGGUGCCCGGAAUUGGGGCCUCAAGUCUGCGUGAGUCGCAGCCUGUGCCUGAUGAUGAGGAGGAAGAAGAUGUGGGCGACGACGUGCUGAAGUUGCCCGCAGAUGAUGAGGCAGAUGGAGAUCCGGCAGCUGAAUGCUGGUUCGGCCCACGCUGUAGGUACGCCUGGGUGCUGAAGGCCUACUGCGCUGCGUUGCCCUUGCGGCUGGCGGCGGCCAGUGCAUCGCAAUAUUUGGUCUUUCGGUACUCGCUGGUGCGGUCGGGCAUUCAAAAGGCUGCGAUGCAGGAAGAGCUCGACGAGGGCAUGUCGCAAGACUACGCCGAGCUGUCGCGCGAGCUGCACCAGAAGCUAAAGCUGGAUGCGUGGAACUUCCGAGAACAUCUACGACUAGGUGAAGCCAGCGCGGGCGUCCUGGAGGAGGGCUGCUGGCAGCCGAUAUCCUUCGUCUUGCUCAUCUUGAUGCAGCUGGAGCACCUCCAGGUGGUGGAGGGCGCACAGGUGCGACUUCUUCGCAUGCUCUUCCGCUCCCUGCCGCCAGCGGCUCGUUGCCUGUCAGAGACGCAUGUGGACUUCCUUCAGCGGAAUACAGGCCAGCUGUCUCCAGUAGUUUUGACAGAGCUCAUCCGCACUUGCAGGGAAUGCGAAGGGGCCCACAGCCCCUUUGGCACAGAGCAGGGCCGCCGAAUACUGGCCGACACUGUGAGGGAUCAUUAUCUCAAGCGACCACCGGGUGGCGAGCCCAUCAAGCUGAGCACGUCCUUGCGCUUCGUGCGCACACACGACCUCGCGGAUCGCAUCGAAGAUGAGGUGCUGUUCACACCUGUCUUGUGCUCCUUGCAAGAUGGUCAACCCCAACAUGCCUACAACCUACUGGAGGGCGACGUACGGCUGCAACUCCGGCUUGUUUCCUACGCCAUUCGCAAGGGAAGACGGCUGGCCGCCGGCCGGUUAGUCGAGCGCUUUGCUCUGCUGGAUCAAGGCUUGGAUGGUGACGUGCCCGGCUGGUCCGAUGCCCAGGGCAGCUUCAAGGAGGUCUGUGCCGCUUGCGUGCGGGAGGCAGAAGAAGCCGAAGAGAGGGAGCUCCGAGCUGCCAGCGACCGAAAGAUGGCUUCUGCGGCAGAAGAUGAUGCAGCCUGCCUGCAGCUGCCCGAGGCGGUGGCUGCAAAUGUCGUGCUGGUGUCCACUGAGGCAGAACUUCUACAAAUCCGAGCUCGCCUGAUGGCUUUAGCUGAUGCUGCCCAAGAGGAGGAGCCGACCGUGGACGCCUUGCUCCGUCGCAAGAGCAGCUCCAUCGGAUUGGACACCGAGUGGAAGCCGUUUCUUGAGAAGCGCGGGGGCAUGCAGAAGCAUCGUCGGAGUAGUCAGUCCGUUGCAGCCAUGGAGCCCUGCUCCACACUGCAGCUAGCUGCUGAGGACUUCGUUGUCAUUUUUGAUCUUUUGGCCUUAGCACCUUCGGAUAGGUGCACUGCGCAGAUGCUGUCUCUUGUUUUGGCGAAGCUGUUCAAGCACCGCGGCAUAUUGAAGCUGGGCUUCGGGCUGCAACAUGACUUGCAGCGCCUGGCCGCGUCUUACCCUCACUUGGAGUGUUUCAGGCAGAUUCAUGGAACCAUCGAUCUGCAAGAAGUCUUGAUGGAGGCCCGGUGCCAUAAAGGCCAGUCGACAGGCCUGUCGGCGCUGUGCCUGGAGUUCUUGGGAUCUCCCCUGAGCAAGCGGCUGCAAACAAGUGACUGGGGUAACCGGCCGCUGAGCCACGAGCAGCUCUCCUAUGCGGCUCUUGAUGCACACUGUCUGCUCACCUUGGCGCGAACCGUACACGCCGACGCUCGAGAGCAGGCUGUGGACCAUAAGAUGGUGUGCGUGGUCGCAGACGCCGAUGCACCCUCGUCAGUGUCUGUUGAUGUGGAGGCCAUCGCGAAGGUGAGCCAGCACAUCACCUCAAAGGGGGACGAGAUUCGUGCCAUGAAGCCAGGUAGGAAGGCAGCGGGCAAGGCCAAGUCUGCUUGGCAGGCCGAGGUCGCUGUGUUGCUGCAGCUCAAGGCUCGGUUCCGUGAGCUGGCUGGAGUGGAUUGGGUGCCUCCCGUAUCGGCUGCCUGCUAG